AUAAGCUUUAAAGUUGAGUAAAAUAAUAAAAAAAAUUUAGCCGGUAACCGUUGGUUUGCAGAAAGGCUUGUGUUUUUAGUGAAGAAUUUGUCAACUGAAGAUUUUUAUAAUUUUCUAAAGGCUUAAAACAACUACAAAAUGACCACAUCAUUGUUACAAAAACCUAAGUCAGAAAUGACACCAGAAGAACUUGCUAAACGAGAAGAAGAAGAGUUCAAUACUGGUCCUCUGUCUGUUUUGACUCAAUCUGUGAAAAAUAACACUCAAGUUUUGAUAAAUUGCAGAAAUAAUAAAAAGCUGCUUGGCAGAGUAAAAGCAUUUGACAGGUAUUUUAUACAUUAUAAACUAUUAUUCAGAAAAUAUAGGUUGAUUUUUUUAAUAGCAAUUACAGUCGAACCCCGAUUAACCGAGGCAGUAACGAAGUCUAAAUUUUUUUUCUUUCUCCUCUCCAAAAUGAGCUUGGAAGAAAUUAUACACAUAUUAGUUCGUUGUCUGUGUUACAGGCACUUAUUUCCCACAAAAGCACUCAACUUCCAUGAAAUAUUACACCCUGAGAAGACAACAUCCAUGAAUUCUUUGUUAACAGUGGUCAUGUGACUUGUAAGUUUAAUC